GAGCUAGUAGGUGGGGAGGGGCUCUGGACACACCUUGUUCAACUGUCCCCUCCCUCACCCUCAGAAACACUUUGUGACCGUGCUCUGUGAUGUAAGCCUGGGGACGAUAUAUAUUCAGCGUGUGCACAAUAUAGGCUGUCUUGUGAUUCAGACGAUGAAGUUCCAACACUGGAAUGUUCUCUCAUUUCUGAAUAGCGAUACUAAACCAUGUCUGAGCUCUGGCUCAACAUGCUUGGAGAUUGAUCCCAACUUCACCUUCCUGUGCAGUUUGGGAUUGCUCCUUCUGUUCCUGUGCUACCUGGUGGGGAUUCCAUUUCCAAAUUGGAAAAGCAAAACUACCCAAAAGCAUCAGGGCAGAGCCAAGAGGAGGAGGAAAGGAGGGACACUGGAAGAUGGCAGAUGGUACCAACGGGUAGUGGAGGAGACCCGGAAGCUGAUCUCGAUUUUAAGAAGCCCCCUCGGCUGGCAUCAUGAUACCAUCCACUUUCGUCAACUGUUAUGUCCAGAACCCUCCUGUGAGAUAAGUAACAGCACAUCUGCUGAGAUCAAUCGGCUGCUGUUCCUGCAGGCACUGGAAGAUUCUACUUCCUUGCCUUCUACAGCUCCUGUGACUUCUUCAUCAUUCACUCUCUCCACUGACCUCUCAGCAGUCCCUCCAGGAGAGCUAAUACCAGCUUCGCUGUCUGAGUCUUCCCCACCACCUGCCUCCAUCUUCUCACCUAACCCAGUGAUCCCUGUGGCUGAUUUCUUUCCACCCUCACCACCGGGUGAUUCUGUGCCUCCAGAGCCCUUUCCUUCCUUGGAUUCCAAAUUCCCAAUGGACCAUUUCCCAGCCCAGCCCCCUGAAUUUCCACCUCCUGUCCCACCCCAUCAUGCCCAUUCAGUGGACUGUAGCAUCCAAACAGAGACAGUGUCCCUAAAUAGCCUUUCCCAAGAUGUCAGCCCCUUUCCGGAGUUGUGGGAACAGUGUCCAUAUCCUACCACCUUGGAGGAGGGCCAUUUACAGCAAACCCCCAUCCAGUUUGGGGUCUCCAAACUCUGCAUAGUGAGUCCUUCCCUGCUGCGGAUGCCUCAGAUAACAUCUCGAAUGCCUCCCCAGAGCAGGAAUCCCCAGGAGUUCCCCAUCCACUUCCUCCAUCCAUGCCUGAGAACCCGCCUCAACUCCUGCCUCAAACCCAGCCCCUACCCAUCCCUCAUGUCCAGCCCCAGGCCCAUCUGGUCCUCUAGCCUACAUCAGCAUCUGUGGAGUGUGUUUUCACAGACCUCACAAUGA